UUGUCCUUAGCAGUUAGCUGGGGGUGAGGGUAGGUAAGCAAGCCUGUUAAGUCUUGCAACGCCCACGAUGGAUGACUUCUUAGUUCUUAACUUCUUAUACUUUUGACACUUUGACUCAUAAACGGCGUACUUCAUAUCAACUUCACUGUCUCUUCUUAGUUAGUAUUACUUAUGAUAUAGUUUACCAAGUUGGGAAACACCCUUCUGGCCUCAAUUCAACCAUGAACGGUCCAAACGGCAACAACCCACCACCACCCCACAUCCUGGUGGUUCCGUUCCCAUCACAGGGCCACAUGAUACCCCUCUUAGACCUAACCCACAAGCUAGCCUCCACCGACACCGCCAUCACCAUCACCAUUCUCACCACCCCAAAGAACCUCACCUUCCUCGACCCUCUCCUCUCUUCUUUCUCAGCCAUCAUCCACCCCUUGGUCCUCCCCUUACCUUCCCACCCAUCCCUCCCUCCGGGCGUAGAAAACUCCAAAGGCAUGCCAACCUCCGUGCCUUCCCUCAUGCUUUCUUUCUCCAACCUCUACAACCCUCUCCUCCACUGGUUCCACUCCCACCCUUCCCCUCCUCAACUCAUCAUCUCCGACAUGUUCUCCGGCUGGACUCAAAACCUCGCCACCCACCUCAACAUUCGCAGAAUCGUCUUUUCCCCUUCUGGAUCCUUCGCUCUCUCCGCCAUAUACUUCCUCUGGGCCCAUGUCCCCAACCGCCAAAACCCUAACGAUCAAAACGAACUCGUUUCCUUCCACACCCUCCCGAAUUCCCCAAAAUACCCCUGGUGGCAGGUCUCGCCGUUGUUCCGAAGAUAUGCAUCGGGUGUCCCCGGUUCGGAGCAUUUUAGGGAUUGGUUCCUCGCGAACAUAGCCAGUUGGGGACUCGUUAUUAACUCGUUCAACGAGUUGGAGAAGCCAUAUCUUGAACACCUAAAGAAGGAGCUUCGCCAUGAUCGCGUUUGGGCGGUUGGACCGUUACUUCCAGAUCCGGAAGGCCUAAACCAAAAGAACUCGUCGUUUAUCUCAGAAAGAGGAGGAACUAGUUCUGUUCCCAUAAACGACGUCGUUUCGUGGCUUGAUAAGCGAAACCGCCGCGAGGUGGUGUAUUUGUGUUUUGGAAGCCAGGUUGUGCUUUCGGUGGAACAGACAGUCGCGAUUGGUUCAGCUUUGGAGAAAAGUGGGGUCCACUUCGUGUGGUCGGUAAAAGAAGGUGGGGAUGAUCGGUGCGUUGAUUUCAUGUCUGGGUUUGAGGACAGGAUGGCUGGGAGGGGUUUAGUUAUAAGGGGUUGGGCCCCGCAAGUUGUGAUACUCAGACACGUGGCGGUUGGGGCGUUUGUCAGUCACUGCGGGUGGAACUCGGUGAUGGAAUCGGUCGUUGCCGGUGUGCCGGUGCUGGCGUGGCCUAUGUCUGCGGACCAAUUUGUGGAUGCUACGCUGCUUGUGGAGGAGUUGAAGGUGGCCAAGACGGUGUGUGAAGGGGACAGAGCAGUUCCUGACUCGGAUGAGUUUGCCCGAGUUUUGGCGGAGACGGUGAAUGUACGCGAUAACCCGGAGGCAACUCGGGCGCUGAAGCUUCGGGAAGCGGCGCUUCAGUCUAUUCGAGAAGGGGGAAGCUCUGAGAAGGAUUUGAGGAGCUUGGUUGGGAAAAUUCAUAGCUUGGUUUAAUUUUUCCUUUUUUUUUUUAAAGAAAAAAUAAGCUUUGCUGAAAAAUGUUUUAAAAACAUUAAUGGUAAAGAAAUGAAAAAUAAGAAAAUUGAAAUUGAUAUUCCACAAGCUUGACUGUUCGAAGCUCCACCAUCAAAUAAGGCUAGGGAUCUAAAUCGACAGGUUGGUCAUAUUUUUUUUUCCGUGAAUCAUGCACAAUAUAUGAUGAAUUUCGUAUUAUAGAUUUUGAGGCUGUUAGGCUUUUGAUGCUAUCUUGCUGGCUUUUUUUUGGGGGUUGACUGGUUUUAUCGUAGAGGAUUAGUUAGAGCUAUCUUGCUGAAGUAUAAUAAAUAUGGAAUUUUAGUUUUGAA